AUGGCGCUACGUCUUCUGCGCUUAGGACUGUUGGCUGCCAGCGUGGCGAACGCUCGUGCCGACGGCCAAGAACCUCUGGCCGGCGACCUGGACUAUGUGGAAGCAUGCCCAGAUUACAUGUCGUAUUCAACGCACUCACACAACCCACUGUCAGAAGGCAAGCUGCAGCUCCCUUUCCAACGGCCCGAGAGGCGAUGCCGAACGUUCCACUCGGACGAGAUUGAACGCGUCAUCAGCGACAUGACGGCGCGCAUACAAGACCCUGACCUGGCGCGACUGUUUGAGAACACGUUUCCGUCGACGACGGACACGACGGUGAAAUUCCACACGGCCGGCGGGACCAAGGAUGCCGGGUUCUUCCGCUUCGGCUCCUUCAAGGUGUUUGGCGACGACGGGGCGUGGCAGGGGCCGCAGUCGUUCGUCACCACGGGCGACAUCAUAGCCGAGUGGCUGCGUGACUCGGCCAACCAGCUGCGGCCGUACCAGGCGCUCGCGGGAAAGGACCCGGCCAUCUCCAAGCUCAUCCUGGGCGCCAUCAACACGCAGAGCGAAUACGUCAUCGAGAGCCCAUACUGCAACGCCUUCCAGCCGCCGCCCAUCAGCGACCUCCCCGUCUCCAACAACGGGCAGGACGACCGCGUCCAGCCCGCCUACGAGCCCAGCUCCGUCUUCGAGUGCAAGUACGAGCUCGACUCGCUCGCCCACUUCCUCGCCCUGACAAACGACUACUACGAGCAUUCGGCAUCCACCGACUUCCUCCACUCGCGCUGGUUCAAGGCCGUCGGCACCAUCGUCGAGGUCCUCAAGCAGCAGUCGGCACCCACCUUUGACCCCGUCAACGGCCACUUCCUGCAGAACCACUAUACCUUUCAGCGCACGACGGACCUCGGCACCGAGACCCUCAACCUCCACGGCAUCGGCAAUCCGCUCAACAGCGGGACCGGGCUGGUCCGCUCUGCUUUCCGUCCCAGCGACGACGCUACCAUACUGGGCUUCUUCAUCCCCGCCAAUGCCAUGAUGUCCGUCGAGCUUAGGCGCACCGCUGACAUGCUCAAGGCUGCCGGCAAGGCUGCCCUCGCCGACGAGCUGGCUGGCUGGAGCGACAGGAUCCGCAAGGGUGUCAUGGAGCACGGCGUCGUCUCCCACAAGAAGUAUGGUGACGUGUUUGCCUACGAGGUCGAUGGGUACGGCUCCUCCAUCAUGAUGGAUGAUGCCAACUACCCUUCGCUCCUGGCCCUGCCUGUCAUGGGCUUCUGCGAGAAAGACGACCCGAUCUACAAGAAUACGAGGAAGAUGAUUCUCGACCAGGGUGGUAACCCCUACUAUCUCCGUGGAAAGGAGUUCAGGGGUAUUGGGGGGCCGCACAUCGGACUCAAGAAUGCCUGGCCCAUGAGUCUUCUCAUCCAGGCCCAGACAUCAGACAGCGACGAGGAGAUUAAGGAGUGCCUCCGGCUCGUCCUCACCUCGUCCAAGCUCGGUCUCGUCCACGAGAGCGUAGACGUGAACAGGUCUGCGCAGUACACUAGGAGCUGGUUCGCUUGGGCCAACGGCGUCUUCGCCACCACCAUGCUGGACCUUGCCAAGAGGAAGCCUCACCUGAUCUUCGGAGAGGGGGCGGCGGCGUAUCACGUUUAA